CUCCGCAGUCCUCUGUCGUCCGUCGCGCAGCAAACAGUCACACUACUCCCGCUCCGUCUCUUGCUCAAACUAAGACUGUAAAAGCUGGAAAUUACUCAUCCCCCAGUCCAGAACCGCACACAAAGACUUGCCGAAAAGAAAUUCUAGUUCCUCGACUUAAGCGUAAACAACACAAAAACCCAACAUCGCCAUGUCUUCCCGCAAAACGGCCGGUCGCCGCGGCACCACCAAGAAGCGUGCCCAGCGCGCCACCUCGAACGUGUUCGCCAUGUUCGACCAGGCCCAGAUCGCCGAGUUUAAGGAGGCGUUCAACAUGAUCGACCAGAACCGGGACGGGUUCAUCGAAAAGGAGGACCUGCACGACAUGCUGGCCUCGCUGGGCAAGAACCCGACCGAGGACUACCUGGACGGGAUGAUGAACGAGGCGCCGGGGCCGAUCAAUUUCACCAUGUUUUUGACGCUGUUUGGCGAGCGGCUGCAGGGAACCGACCCGGAGGACGUGAUCAAGAACGCGUUCGGCUGCUUCGACGAGGAGAACACCGGCAUGCUGAACGAGGAACGGCUGCGCGAGCUGCUGACCACGAUGGGCGAUCGGUUCACCGACGAGGACGUGGACGAGAUGUUCCGCGAGGCACCGAUCAAGAAUACGAUGUUCGACUACAUCGAAUUUACCAGAAUUCUCAAGCACGGCGCCAAGGACAAGGACGAACAGUUCGACGAAACCCAAUCGGCCCCAGCGAUGGUGGAAACGGCCGUCGGAACCGCCGUCGUUAACGGUUCCUCCUCGAAAGUAACGAUCACGGUCAAGAAGACCGUGUCCUGGAACUAACCUGACAAUCGCUGGAAGUGUAAGUUGUUAGAAAAUUCUUUGUUUGCGACAAAAAAAAAAAAUCCCCAACCAGAUCGAACCGCAAGAAAGGUCGCUUCCCGAUCUCGAGUUUCCAGCGAGAGCUGGAAUUUCCAGCGAGAGAGACAAAGAAAUGGAGCUGCCGGAUAAUUGCUGCGGUGCGGUGAGCAGCAACUUGUCAUGUUUGCCGAUCUAGACAGCUUGUUCUGUGUAACGAGAUCUCUCGAUCUCGCCUUUGUUGGUUAUGUUUGUUUUUAUUACCUAGAUAUCGCUUUCGGAAACGGAUUUCUUGUUUGGAAUAGUUCAGAUGACUAAAUUUAACAUAAAUAAAAUGUUUGUAUUCUUUCA